AUGGCACUCCAAUUGGCUGACAGAACAUUUAAGUUUUCACAUGGGGUGGUGGAAGACUUGCUAGUGAAAGUAGGAGAAUUCAUUUUCCCUGCUGAUUUUGUUGUGCUGGACAUGGAAGAAAAGGUCAACACGUCAAUUAUCUUAGGAAGACCAUUUCUAGCUAAUGCUAGAGCCAUCAAUGAUGUGCAGAAAGGGGAACUAGUCUUGAGAUUGCAUGAAGAGAAAAUGGUCUUCAACGUCUUUAAAGCAAUGAGUUACCCCAAAGAACCCAUAGGAGAAUGCAUGCUGGUAGACACCAUGGAAUAG